GGCUUGAACUCAGCUCUCCAGUCUGUCAUUGCAAAUGUUUGGGCGACGUGGAGCUUCAUCUUGAUCCAACUUUUGUUUUAUUAUAAUAGUUAUUUUUUUUCUUCAUAUUUCAAAAGUGGUUUAUGAUUAUUACGAUUUGUUUUAAGAUCCAAAAGAGGGCGUGUUCAUUUUUUUUUUUUUUUUUGUGGAGAUACUUUUUUUUAAUUCGGCUCAUACAGAAAUAGCUUUUACACUUGUGAAAACUGAUCCGGAUUAAUCCAUAAAUUAAUCAAUAAAACUAAUGUAGCGUUGAGAGUCUGUUUUUUUGGUUAUUUUGUAGCCGAUUUUGUUACUUUCAAGACUCAAAGUAGCGACCAAGAGACCAAACCAGAAACAUUUGUGUAGAAAGAAGGGAGAAGAAAUGGGUUUGCACCCGUUGGAGUUUAGUGAAUGUUACUUGGACAGUCCAGGAUUCAGGGAGAAGAUCAAAGCUCAUGAAGCAGAGCUGGAUAAAACCAACCGCUUCAUCAAAGAGCUUUAUAAAGACGGGAAAAAUCUCAUCAACGCUACAAAACAGCUUUCUCAGGCCCAGCGGAAGUUUGCUCAGUGUCUGGGCGAGUUCCAGUUUGAGUACAUCGGUGACGCGAAGACUGAUGAUGAAAAGUGCAUUGAUGAGUCUCUGCAGGAGUUUUCCGCCUUCCUCAAAAACCUGGAGGACCAGAGGGAGCUGAUGAUGACGAACAUCACCGAGACCCUGAUGAAGCCCCUCGAGAAGUUUCGGAAAGAGCAGCUGGGUUCAGCCAAGGCCGAGAGAAAGAAGUAUGAGAAGGAAACCGAGAAGUACUACACAUCUUUGGAGAAACUCUUAAACAUGUCAGCAAAGAAGAAGGAACCACAGUUGCAAGAGGCGGAUGUGGCAGUAGAGACGAUGAGGCAGCACUUUCAGGAGGAGUCUUUGGAGUACGUGUGUAAGCUGCAGGAAAUCCAGGAGAGAAAGAAGUUUGAGUGUGUCGAGCCUAUGCUGGCUUUCUUCCAGACUGUGUUCACGUUCUACCAUCAGGGAUUCGAGUUAGCCAACGACUUUGACCACUACAAAAGGGCUCUGCAGAUCAAUAUUCAAAAUACACGGAAUCGUUUCGGAACUCGUUCUGAAGUGUUUGAACUUAUGAAGAAGAUAAUGGAAGCGCCACAGGAUUACAGACAGCCGAGCCGCAUCAGCAGUGAGGGCUACCUCUAUGUCCAGGAGAAACGUCCUCCUCCGUUCGGCUCCAGCUGGGUGAAGAGGUACUGCACCUUUGUCAAGGAGCAGAAAAUCCUCCACAUGGUCACAUACGACCCCAAAUCCGGUGGCAAGCUUGGGGAAAACGAAUCUGUUACACUCAAAUCCUGUGUGAGGAAAACUACAGACACUCUCGACCGCCGAUUCUGCCUGGAUAUAGAGAUCACAGACCGCCCCGGCAUCGUGCUCACAGUCCAGGCGCUUUCUGAAGAUGAUCACAGGUUCUGGAUGCAGGCGAUGGGAGGCAAAGAGCCGGCUCAAUUUCUGUUAAAAACAUAUUCCAAAGAAAAAGGAUGCGACGCACAGCUGGAUGACAUCGGUGUGAAUUUUGUGCGGAAUUCGAUCAGCGCUGUUGAGGCGAGAGGGAUCAAUGACCAAGGCUUGUACAGAGUGGUUGGGGUCAGCUCCAAGGUCCAGAAGCUCCUCAGCCUGAUGAUCGAUGAGAACACUGAAGUGGACUUGACCACGUGUGAGGACUGGGACGUGAAGACCAUCACUAGCGCGUUAAAACAGUACCUGAGGAGGCUUCCUGAGCCGUUAAUGACUUAUGCCCUCUAUAAGGAGUUCAUCGUCCCUGCAAAGUGCGCAAGUCCGGAGUCGCGAGUUCAGGCCAUUCACUGUUUGGUGCACAGACUUCCUGAGAAGAACCGUGAGGUGUUGAGCUUGGUCACCAAACAUCUGGCGAAUGUGGCAGCCCACAAUAAGCAGAACUUGAUGACCGUAGCGAACCUGGGUGUGGUGUUCGGCCCCACCCUCAUGCGACCUCAGGAGGAGACCGUGGCAGCCAUCAUGGACCUCAAGUUCCAGAACAUUGUGGUGGAGAUUCUCAUCGAACAGCACGAAAAGAUAUUUGGAGAUGCUCCGAGCGCUUGUCCAUCCUCGACUCUCUCUCCGUUUACCGCUCCAACACGCCAGUCUAAGAAGCAGGCACGCCAGAGCCGCCCGCUGGCUGUGUACAACCCCCUGGACAUCAACUCAGUGGCUCCAUCCUCUGAGGACGUCUCCCUGACCCCUGACGAAGCCUCUCUGGGCAGUAAUGAGUCCGUAUCCUCGCAGUCGUCUACGGCGUCGACCUCAGAAACCCCGCCGGAGAAGACCAAGAAUCCCCAUAGCAACACCGCGGCCGUCCCACAGAACUCUGGAGUGGAAACAGGAAUGGCUUCGUGGAUGAACUCGACUCCUACCUGUUUAACAUCUCAGACUAAAGCUGCAAAAACAGGAGCAGCAGCAGCAGCAAUAGCAAGCGGAGGAAAUUCAGACAAAUCUACAGAAAGUGUCACUCUCAUGAAAGCGAAGGCCGUGUACCCCUGCGAAGCCGAGCAUGAUUCCGAACUCUCCUUCCAGGUCGGAGCAAUCUUCCACGCUGUGACUCCAUCUCGAGAACCCGGCUGGUUGGAAGGCGAGCUGGAGGGCAAGAGAGGCCUCAUCCCUCAGAACUACGUGGAAAUACUGCAACAAAUGGACUAAGUUAUAAAAAGCAAAGAACUACAAGCGAACAGGAAUGUAAUAUACAUGGUAUCCAUGGUGUGACUUUGACCUCCUCCUCCUCCCUGAAUUACACAUUUCGAUUUUCUGAGGUUCAUGAGCUCAAAACUGUACAUAUUAAAUAUACAGUGUUUCAAGGGUGGUUUUUUUGCAUGUUGUUUGUGGAUUUUAAGUAUCUUGGAUCUAAUGCAUGGGUGUAUAAUAAUAUUUUAUAUUAUUUAAUUAAAGCAGUUCCUUUAA